AUGGCCUUUUUUAAUAUCACGGUCAUCGCUGAACAACAGUAUCCACAUCUACUUACGGUGCCUCCCAGAGAACCAGCUCCGAUAUACGAAGCCCAAAAUGAAGGAUUUCUAGGCCAUCAAGUAUUGUUCAAACCUCAUAGCAAUAUUCGCAAAUCAUAUGCCUCUCCUGCAUAUAAUUUGGCUCAAGCGUCAUAUUCGACUCCAGCGAUUCACCAACAAACAAAAACAGGAAUUACAUAUUCGAUGGCCCCUUUAGUUUCUCAUGUGACAUUCACCAGUCUAGGGUCUACCUAUACAUGGUAA